CUCUCUCUCAAACACACUCAAUAACAAUGGCUUCAAAGAACUUAGCCUCUCUUGCUCUUUUCUUUGCCCUCAACAUCCUUUUUUUCACCUUAACCGCUGCUACUGAUUGUAAAUGCAACCCAAGUCCUAAGCACAAGCCGAUCCCAAGUCCCAGGGUCCCAAGUCCUAGGGUACCAACUCCUAGAGUCCCAACUCCUAGGGUCCCAACUCCUUCGGUCCCAAGUCCUUCAGUCCCAAGUCCUUCAGUUCCAACUCCAUCGGUCCCAAGUCCUUCGGUCCCAACUCCUUCGGUCCCAACUCCUUCGGUUCCAACUCCUUCCGUACCAACUCCUUCGGUCCCAACUCCUUCGGUACCAAGUCCUAACCCUACGCCGGUCACACCUCCGAGCACCCCUGGCUCAUCUGGAAACUGUCCUAUCGAUGCUCUCAGACUCGGUGUAUGUGCGAAUGUCCUAAGCGGUCUACUUAACGUGCAGUUGGGACAGCCAUCAGCUCAGCCAUGCUGCUCGCUCAUCCAAGGUUUGGUUGACCUCGACGCUGCGAUUUGUCUCUGCACUGCUCUUAGGGCUAACGUUCUUGGCAUCAACCUUAACGUUCCUAUAUCUCUCAGCGUUCUUCUCAACGUUUGUAACAGAAGGCUUCCGUCUGGUUUUCAAUGUGCUUGAUCGGUAUCGAUUAUGCAUAGGAAGUGCACACACAUUUUCCUCUUCAAAAUAAUUACAGUAUUAAUAA